AUGGUUUCUCAGAUGAUCCUGCUUUCUGAAGAGAAAACUUUCACAGAACAUCCCAUUCUGGAACAGAAUCAAGAGCCCAUUUUUCUGACUAAGCAUUACCAGCAUGUCUUGGCCUUGGCAUUGGCAGUAAAAGAGAUCAAUGAAAACCCCCAGAUCUUACCCAACGUCACCCUGGGGUUCCACAUCUAUGACAGCUAUUUCAGUGCAAUGUGGACCUGUCAUGCAACCAUGGAGCUUCUUUCCACACUUGGCAGAUUUAAGCCAAACUACAAAUGUGAUGCUCAGAGCAAUCUGGUAGCUGUCAUUGGGGGACUCAGCACUGAAACCUCCCUACACAUUGCAACCAUCCUGAACACCUACAGGAUUUCACAGAAUGGCAUCUGUUUUGACUCCAUAGACAGACUCCCUACUUUCACUUUUAUCACUGAAGCUUUAGAUACAGCAGAACUGAUUCAGGGAUUAUAUGAAGUCAUCAUGAAGAGAAAAGCUAAUGUAUUGGUGUUUUAUGGAGAAAUCCAGGCCAUAAUCCUCUGGAGAUCAUUCCUGUAUAUACCAGAAACAGUUAAAGGUAAAGUAUGGAUUAUGUCAGCCCAACUUGAUGUCGUAGCCUUUGGCUUUCAAAAGAGGUGGGAUUUCGAAGUCUUUCACGGUUCUAUAGCCUUCACAAGUCAUUCCAAUAUACUCCCAGGAUUUCAACAAUUACUUUUGAGAAGAAAUCCAUUUGGGGCCAAAGAAGAUGGCUUUAUCAAGGACUUCUGGCAGCAGGCAUUCAAGUGUAAAUUGCCAUAUUCCAUUGUGGAUGAAAUGGAAAUAGGAAUCUGCAGUGGAGAUGAGAAACUAGAGAGCCUUUCUGGAGCUUUUUUUGAAAUAGGCAUGAGUGGCCAUAGCUAUAACAUCUACAAUGCUGUCUAUGCUGUGGCACAUGCUUUACAAGCCAUGCAUUCAUUGAAGUCCAAACACAAACCCAUGGUAGACAGAGGGAGCCUGAAGCUUCAGAAUCAACAGUUCUGGCAGCUUUACCGUUUUCUGGAAAAUGUCUCUUUUAACAAUAGUGCUGGGGACGAAGUUUCCUUUGACCAGAAUGGGGACUCAGUAGCUGGAUUUGAUGUCAUCAACUGGGUCUUUUUCCUAAACCAAUCCUUUCAGAAAAUAAAAGUUGGAAGGACAGAUCCCCUGCUUCCUCCAGAGCAAGCAUUAACCAUUCAGGAAGAGGCCAUCACUUGGCACACCUGGUUUAACCAGGUCCUGCCCCUCUCUGUGUGUAAUGACAAUUGCCAUCCUGGUAACAGCAGGAAAAAGAAGGAGGGGAAGCCAUUUUGUUGCUAUGAUUGUGUUCCAUGUCCAGAAGGGAAGAUUACCAGCCAGCAGGACAUGGCUGACUGCGUUGAAUGCCCAGAAGAUCAUUAUCCAAGCAAAAAACAUGAUUCAUGCACUCCAAAGGAGAUAAGCUUUUUAUCUUACAAAGAACCUUUGGGAAUAAGUUUAGCCAUUAUUGCUCUUUCAUUUUCUUUCAUCACAGUGUUGGUGCUAGGAAUGUUUGUGAAGCACCAAAACACACCCAUAGUCAUAGCCAACAACCGAAACCUCACCUACACUCUCCUCGUCUCCCUCCUGCUCUGCUUCCUUUGUGUUUUGCAAUUCAUCGGACAGCCUCACAUGGUGACGUGUCUCCUCCGACAAACAGCUUUUGGCAUCAUCUUCUCAGUGGCAGUGGCAUGUGUGUUGGCCAAAACCAUCACUGUAGUUUUAGCUUUCACGGCCACCAAGCCAGGAAGCAGCAUGAAGAAAUGGAUGGGGAAAAGACUGGCCAACUCCAUGGUUCUUUCCUGCUCCCUUAUUCAAGCAGGCAUUUGUACUGUGUGGCUGGCAACCUGUCCCCCAUUCCCAGAUGUUGACAUGCACUCAGUGAGUGAAGAAAUUGUACUUGGAUGUAAUGAGGGGUCAGCUAUCUUGUUUUAUUGUGUUCUGGGCUACCUGGGUGUACUGGCCCUUGUUAGUUUGAUUGUGGCUUUCCUAGCUAGGAAGCUACCUGACAGCUUCAAUGAAGCCAAGUUCAUUACUUUCAGCAUGUUGGUCUUCUGCAGUGUUUGGUUGUCCUUUGUUCCCUCUUACUUGAGCACCAAAGGAAAGUACAUGGUAGCUGUGGAGACUUUCUCCAUCGUAGGUUCCAGUGCUGGGCUCCUGGGUUGCAUCUUCUUCCCAAAAUGCUAUAUUAUUGUGAUGAGGCCAGAACUGAAUAACAAGGAACAGCUAAUGCACAGAUAG